AGCUGAACCUUCCUUGGUUUUUAUAUCCCGCCAGCCUCUCGAAUGGCAACCAAGCAGAACGCAGGAGGAGCGCGAGCGGCGCGGUCGGGGUGGCCGCUGCCUCCUCUUUGCGCAAAGAGAAAAGCCGAAGCCUCCGGUCGCCUACAACAUUCCGCGCCCAAGCAGCGCUCCCUCCUCCGCCAUCCCGGUGCGUGGUUGCUAUGGCUAUGGCCAUCAUUCCAGCAACAAGCGGCGCCACGUGAUGCGUCCGGCGAUGGCUGCUGCUGCUGCUGCCGCUGCCGCUACUUGGCAGGGAGGGAGACCUUGAGCAGAGCGGCGGCGGCGGCGGCACCGGCACGCGUUCUUGGACGCGCCAUAGAUCGCCUCGUCAGCCCCGUUUUCUCGAUACUCGCCAUUCUGGUUGUCGCCUACCUCUCCCUCCCCCAUCCCGUCUUCCACCCCCUUUUCCCACGUCGUCUUUGCACGCAGCAGCUGCAGCUUCGAUGGACGGACCGUUCCUGCCAUCCUUGGAUGUUCCGCUAUGUUUCUGAUUCGCAGCUCAGCUGAACUCCCACAUCCGGCCGGUCUUCGAUCCCAGCCUCUCUCAUGGGCUCCCCAGUAUCAUUUGUUUUAUCCAGGAUGGCCGCUUGUGGAGGCACCACUAAAAAUAGGCUCACGGUAAAUAAGCACGUCUGGGACUUCCUGACCAAGGAAAGUCCUGCCAAACUGGUCAAGUUGAAAGAGGAGAAUAAAGUCAGUGUCUUGAUUGAUGGUGAGACAUCCGAGAUCUAUGUGCUGCAGAUUACCAUGCCUGCCCAUGGACCAAGCAAUGGCCUUUACCUGGCUCGUAAGGCUCUCAAAGCACUGCUCAAGGAAACGGAGAAGGAAUUGAAGAAGGCUCAACGUCAGAGUGAGCUGAUGGGCUGCAUGGCUUUGAUGGAGAAGAGCCGAGAACACGGAGCUGUAGAGCUCCACCGUCGAGGAGCUGCCUUGAUAUCCCGAGGGCAGCAAACCUCUGGGCCAAGAGUAGUAAGUGGCAGUGGAGGGAUGGCCAGCUGCUCAAGGGGAGGGGAGGAGGAACAGGACAGCCAGUGCCCAAUUUGUUUGGGAGAGAUCCAGAACAUUAAAACUUUGGAGAAAUGCAAGCACUCCUUCUGUGAGGACUGUAUCACCCGGGCCUUGCAAGUCAAGAAAGCUUGCCCAAUGUGUGGCCGUUUCUACGGGCAGCUGGUAGGGAACCAGCCAGAGAAUGGACGCAUGCUGGUCUCCAAGGACUCAAGUCUUCUGCUUCCUGGUUAUGAGAAAUAUGGCACCAUCAUAAUCCAGUAUGUCUUCCCACCUGGCAUACAAGGAGUUGAACAUCCCAAUCCUGGCGUCCGCUAUCCAGGUACCACCCGUGUGGCUUAUUUACCUGACUGCCCCGAAGGCAACAAAGUGCUGGCGCUCUUCCGCAAAGCCUUUGAUCAACGGCUCACCUUCACCAUUGGGACCUCCAUGACCACAGGGCGAGCCAACGUCAUCACCUGGAAUGACAUCCAUCACAAAACCAACUGCACUGGGGGACCCCAGCUGUUUGGCUACCCAGAUCCUACAUAUCUUGCCCGGGUGCAAGAGGAACUACGGGCUAAAGGUAUCACCAAUGACUGAUCUCUGUUGCCACGUGCCCAGGAAUGGCUUCUUGUUACUGCCAAACUCCGCUUUUGUGGCGGGAGCUCUGUCAUCCGUCAGAGCCACCUUUCUCUAUCACGUGAUCUUAAUGCAGAGUACAAAGCUUGAGCUUUGGGGCUGAAAUUAACAUUUUAUAUGUAAUGGAUUGUUUGAGGAACUGGAGAACAAAGACAGGCAUGAGGGAGUGAAGCAAAAGAAAGAUGAUGGAAUUCAGGACUUAUUCAAAAUAGUUGUCUCGAGUGGGCCGUCAUUCUGAAUGAUUUGCUUUUGGGGGAAAAAGAAAAACAAAAAUGGCCUCUCCCUGCAUUGAGUAGCAAACAUAUCAUAGGUACCUCUACUGAGCCUGUCUUUUCAAUGUGCUAGUUUACCUUAUGCAGAGGAGAUUUUUUUUUCUUUUUUACUGUGUGAUAAAUGUAUACACGCACCACCAAGAUUUAAAAUCUGAAGCUGCAAAGCCCAGAAUUUACCACUUCAAUACUUUGGCUCUUGAGGAUAAAAUAGAUGUGAUCAAGUGGUAAGUCCAAGGGCGAUUUCUUUCUUUUUUUUCCUUUCUUUUUUUUUAAAAAGAUGAAAGAGGAGUUUCAUAUUGGUUGGAGAAGCCAAACCUUCCUUUCUCUCCAAUUUACCUCCCCACAUUCUAUUUUUUUCAGAGUUUUCUCUCAAGCAAAGUUAUUUCUGUUGGAGUUAAGACAUGGAUUGUGAGAGCAUUUGGAAUUCCUCACUUCCAGUAUUUCGUUGGUAUUAAAAUAUAGCUAUCUCUCUGAGUGCUCCUAUGAUAUUUGCCCUUAAUGGACUAGGUCCAAGUGAGUGACAAAUUGCUCAUGUGCUGAAAAACCAUGCAUUUAGAAAAGGUGGGUGGGAAAUAGAGGAAAGGGCUUCUCUCAAUGUAUCUCUGGCAAAGGUCAAAUCUAAUCCUCAAACUCCAGUUGUGGAACCCUUUUGCACAACCCUCUUGAUCCACUCAGAAGGGUGGGUUCAUAUUCUGAGCUUGAUUCCCACGUAUAGUUGAAACCCAGUGAGCCCUCUUAUUUCAGUUCCUCCCCAACCUCAAGCUCUUUUCUCCUUUUUCCAAAGUGCUAACCGCUUUGGGAAUCAGACUGUUAGGAAUGGAAUAUAAUGGAGCAAAAAACACAUCAGAGUAGCAUCCCUGGCAGAAGUAUGUGAAAGGGGAGGAGAUCAAAAGCAGCAGCUGUAGCAGCACAAUUGAAGCCCCACCCCUUCGAACAUCCAUGUGACGUCACAUGUACAAAAAGGGUGGAGCUUCAAUUGCACUGUUGCAACUGCCAUUCUGCCUUUAUUGACCAUCUCCCCCCCCCAGGUGCCACAGAUCAUUGCAGCCUAGAGUGUACAGUGUCUAGGGUUAACGUCAAGUGAAUGGGAAAUGGAACCAUAGAUAGAUAGGGUGUUUUAUGUGAAAAGCAUGGCUACUGAAGUCUGAGGCAGGACUUGGACUUUGUACACAGUUCCUUACUUGGUGUUCAGAUGUACACGUAUCCCCAACUUGGACUGAUGACUUGUGGAGCCCAGGCCCUGCCUUGCUCAUGCAUUCCUGUGCUACUUUUCUUCAGGAUCUGUUGUCAAGGCCAACUUAGUUGAACUUUCUUGAAACGUUGGACAUAUCGACUAAAAUAAACAAGAAGCUUCUUGAUUCUGGACACACAGGCCACAAUUCAAGUGUUCUCCUUGGAGAGGAGGAUCAGCCACCUCAUGGACCAUCCCUUGUAUUCCCAUGCUUCUCAGCUGGCAUAUCAACUCUCCUGUAGUUACUCCAGUCUUUACACUUGGGACAACUUGUUUUACUGGGAUCUUAGCCAGGCCUUCUCUUAAAUCUUUGGUGGAUCUGUAAUGCUCCUGACUCUUGACGCCUACCUGUUGUUGAGUGUUUGGGGGAGGGGGAGGGAGGGAAAUGUCUCUUGGCUAACUAUAAGCGUGUCUCCUCUGGCAGAGAUGACUUCUAAUACUCAGUUUGUCUCGUAUUGGUGAGAGCUUCCCUCGAACGCACAGUUUGGACAACGGGGCUUUCUUUUGCUGUUUUAAAAAAGAGUAACUGAACAUGU